AGGCAGUACCGUAUCAUCAGGACCACAAGUCUGUGUGGGAUGGAGACACGAAGCCCCAGCGUCUCUAGAGGGUGUAGCACGAAACUGUUCUGCCGGAAAUCCUUAUCCGUUCCUGGGCAGCACAUUCUCUCCAACUGACACUCCAACUGCUCUAAACGAAACGAUGUAAAUAGAGCAGCAAGUGCCAUCAGGAGGAGUUUGAAGCCCAAACAGCAUAAGAGAGAAAGACCCACUUCUCCCUCCAGCCCUCCAUCCCUGACAGUUCAUGUUUGGGCGUGUGCAGAAGCAGCUCCUGGCUGUGGGGCUCAGUAGAGCUGCUCUAAUGGAAGAGAGGCCUGACAAGAUUGUAUACCUCUCCACCAUCCCAAAUGCAGCAUAAUGCCUUCCAAAGUGUCAUGCUUGUACCUGCUGACAGUGGUGUGCUGGGCCAGUGCACUGUGGUACCUCAGUAUCUCUCGGCCUACGUCCUCCUAUGAAGGACACAUGUCCAUACCCAUACGCAAGACUGUCAAAACACCCAAAAACUUCACCUUCACCAACAUCCGCUCACGCUCUCUCAACCCGCACUCCUUUGAGUUUGUCAUCAAUGAGCCCAAGAAGUGUGAGAGCGUCAGCCCCUUCCUGGUCAUCCUCAUCAGCACCACUCAUAAGGAGUUUGAUGCUCGGCAGGCCAUCAGGGAGACCUGGGGUGACGAGAGCACCUAUGGAGACAUCCACAUCCUCACCAUCUUCCUCCUGGGCAGGAACACUGACGACGUGCUCAACCAGAUGGUGGAGCAGGAGAGCCAGAUCUUCCACGACAUAGUGGUGGAGAACUUCAUCGACUCGUACCACAACCUGACUCUGAAGACCAUCAUGGGCAUGCGCUGGGUGGCCACUUUUUGCCCUAAGGCCCAGUAUGUGAUGAAGACGGACAGUGACAUCUUUGUUAAUAUGGACAACCUCAUCCACAAACUGCUCAAGCCCAACACUAAGCCCCGCAGGAGGUACUUUACAGGCUAUGUGAUAAAUGGGGGGCCCAUCCGGGACAUGCGCAGUAAGUGGUACAUGCCGCGUGACCUGUACCCGGACAGUCGGUACCCCCCCUUCUGCUCGGGCACCGGAUAUGUGUUCUCUGCAGAUGUGGCCGAGCUCAUCUAUAAGACGUCCCUUCACACAAGGCUACUGCACCUUGAGGACGUGUACGUGGGCUUGUGUCUGCGCAAACUCAACAUCCACCCCUACCAGAACAGUGGCUUCAACCACUGGAAGAUGGCCUACAGCCUGUGCCGCUACCGCCGCGUCAUCACCGUGCACCAGAUCUCCCCAGAGGAGAUGCACCGCAUCUGGAACGACAUGUCCAGCAAGAAGCAUCUGCGCUGCUAGGACUGGGUCCCUUUGCCUUUUCUUUAGUCACUGAACAUUGUACAGAGGGCUGCUGCUGUGUCUUCAGGACAGUGUUGUCCACAUUCAUUCUCUGUUUAAUGUGAUGCAUUAUGAUUGUUGAAAACAUGUGAGGCCAUGUAGACGACAUGGUGUUGUCAUUCCAAUCCUGCCUUCUGAUUUAUGUUGCCUAUUGAAGUGCCCUUGAGCCAGACACCAAACCCACAGCUCUGCAGUCACUGAUUCCAUCAACUUCCUGUGUUGUACAGACAGUAUGGAGUACUAUAUGAAUACACAUGGUUUAUACGAUUUUAUUUACAUUGUCAAUAACACAGUAUGAGCCUGGGACACACCAAUCCAGCUUUUUCAGUUUUGAAACUGAUUACGAUGCUCUAAGUAUCUGUCGAUACCUGAUUAACUAAUAAAAAAUAAAAUAAAUUAAAAAAUCUAACAUUUUGAGACUUUCUGGGCUAAACAAUAUAUUGGUGCAUCCCUUUUAUUGAUGUUGGAAUUUUAAGCUCACCCCAACAAUGAAAACAAGAUCUUCUGGAGUGCUUUACAUUAAUGUUGUUUAGCUUAGAAUCAACAAACUAAAAGACCUCAGGUCUAAAAUCUUUUCUUGAAGAAUGAUACUUUCAGCUUGUGCAGCAUAAGCAGUAAUAUCAAGGCCAACAAGUAAAUGACCCAGAGAGAUAGUAAUUGCUGACAUGGACUGGAUAAAUUAUAAAGAGUAAGAUUAUGUACACCACAAAUAGAUGUGCAUCAAUAUCAAGUUCAUCAGUUUCAAGUAAGACAAUGAAGUUAUUUAUUAUAAGAUCGUUUAAUGGCCAAUAUUGAGAACAUCAUGCCAGGUUAGCACUUUAUGUUAAUACAAUUCCAUUGCAGAGUAAAACAAAUGCAUAUUAGAAUCACUUUGAAGAUACGUUCACUUUUUUAUAAAGAAAGUCUCUUGGAAUCAGAUAUCUCUAACAAUAAAAAUAACACAUCUACUUUCCCACUGUUUCCUUUGUGCAUUCCUCCUCCUGCCCUCAGUGAGUUGCAUCAUGAAUCUGCCUGUAUUUUGUUUACAUAUCAUUUAAAUGCCUUUUUAAAAAACACUGUUUGCAUUGGGUUAUUUCUUACUUUUUUCAUGACUACAGCUGCACUGAGGUUUAGGUAUGUAUGUCUCACUAUAAUGUCCAGAGUCUGUCCAUGAUAUUUAAUCUACCUGGAUGUAACCUCACACGUACCAACACUGCUGACAACAUGGUGGACAUUUGAGUCAUUCACAAAUGUGACAGUAUUUGUUCUUUUGUUUCAUGGAUUUUGUAGUUUUAUUUUAAAGCUAAAGCUAAUGUGACAUUUACUGUGAAAACAUCUAUUCCACACGGGGCUGUCACUGUAUAUUGUA